CCGAGACAUGGCAACCAAUGGCAGCAAGGUGGCCGACGGGCAGAUCUCCACAGAGGUCAGCGAGGCCCCCAUGGCCAAUGACAAGCCCAAAACUCUGGUGGUCAAGGUGCAGAAGAAAGCGGCGGACCUUCCAGACCGGGACACAUGGAAGGGCCGCUUUGACUUCCUCAUGUCGUGUGUGGGCUAUGCCAUCGGCUUGGGCAACGUCUGGAGAUUCCCCUAUCUCUGCGGCAAAAACGGUGGUGGGGCCUUCCUGAUCCCCUACUUCCUGACACUCAUCUUUGCGGGGGUCCCACUUUUCCUGCUGGAGUGCUCCCUGGGCCAGUACACAUCUAUUGGGGGCCUGGGGGUGUGGAAGCUGGCCCCCAUGUUCAAGGGUGUGGGCCUUGCCGCUGCUGUGCUGUCAUUCUGGUUGAACAUCUACUACAUCGUUAUCAUCUCCUGGGCCAUCUACUACCUGUACAAUUCCUUCACCACAACGCUGCCGUGGAAACAGUGCGACAACCCCUGGAACACGGACCACUGCUUCUCCAACUACACUGUUGUCAACACCACCAACAUGACCAGCGCCGUGGUUGAGUUCUGGGAGCGGAACAUGCACCAGAUGACAGAUGGGCUGGAUAAGCCAGGACAGAUCCGCUGGCCUCUGGCCAUUACCCUGGCCAUCGCCUGGAUCCUUGUGUAUUUCUGUAUCUGGAAGGGUGUUGGCUGGACUGGAAAGGUGGUUUACUUCUCCGCCACCUAUCCGUACAUCAUGCUCAUCAUCCUGUUCUUCCGUGGAGUUACGCUGCCUGGGGCCAAGGAGGGCAUCCUCUUCUACAUCACACCCAACUUCCGCAAGCUGUCCGACUCAGAGGUGUGGCUGGAUGCGGCAACCCAGAUUUUCUUCUCCUACGGAUUGGGCCUGGGAUCCCUGAUCGCUCUUGGGAGCUAUAAUUCCUUCCACAACAACGUCUACAGGGACUCCAUCAUUGUCUGCUGUAUCAAUUCAUGCACCAGCAUGUUCGCGGGAUUUGUCAUCUUCUCCAUCGUGGGCUUCAUGGCCCAUGUCACCAAGAGGUCUAUUGCUGACGUGGCGGCCUCAGGCCCUGGAUUGGCGUUCCUGGCAUACCCAGAGGCAGUGACCCAGCUGCCCAUCUCUCCCCUCUGGGCCAUCCUCUUUUUCUCAAUGCUGCUGAUGCUGGGCAUUGACAGCCAGUUCUGCACCGUGGAAGGCUUCAUCACAGCCCUGGUGGAUGAGUACCCCAGGCUCCUCCGCAACCGCAGGGAGCUCUUCAUUGCGGCUGUCUGCAUCGUCUCCUACCUGAUUGGCCUCUCCAACAUCACCCAGGGGGGCAUCUAUGUCUUCAAACUGUUUGAUUACUACUCUGCCAGUGGCAUGAGCCUGCUAUUCCUCGUGUUCUUCGAAUGUGUCUCCAUUUCCUGGUUUUAUGGUGUUAACCGAUUCUAUGACAACAUCCAAGAGAUGGUUGGCUCCAGGCCCUGCAUCUGGUGGAAACUCUGCUGGUCCUUCUUCACCCCAAUCAUUGUGGCGGGUGUGUUCAUUUUCAGUGCUGUGCAGAUGACUCCUCUCACCAUGGGAAACUACGUUUUCCCCAAGUGGGGCCAGGGCGUGGGCUGGCUCAUGGCUCUGUCUUCCAUGGUCCUCAUCCCUGGGUACAUGGCCUACAUGUUCCUCACCUUAAAGGGCUCCCUGAAGCAGCGCAUCCAGGUCAUGAUCCAGCCCAGCGAAGACAUCGUUCGCCCGGAGAAUGGUCCGGAGCAGCCCCAGGCCAGCGGCUCAGCCAGCAAAGAGGCCUACAUCUAGGGGUGUCUGGCGGCUUGCCGACCCGCCACUCUCACCCCCCAAC